AUGCUCAUAGUGCAUCUCGGUAAAUCAGGGCUGAAAGUAUCCAAGAUUAUUUUGGGUUGUAUGUUGUAUGGCUCACCAGAAUGGAUGCCAUGGCUUCUCAGUGAGGAAGAAGGAUUAAAGCAUAUCAAAGCUGUAUACAAUGCAGGGAUUCAGACAUUCGAUACAGCCAACGUCUAUUCAAAUGGGCUCUCGGAAAUAAUUCUCAGAAAGGCUAUCAAGAAAUUCAAUUUUCUGAGAGACGAGAUUGUAGUCCUCACUAAGCUCUGCAAUGUUGCUGGUUGCACGCCUGGAGAGAUGUACCGUUUCAAUGUCGGAAACAAUCCAGAUAAUUAUGGUUACGUUAAUCAAUAUGGGCUGAGCAGGAAGCACAUCUUUGAAUCAGUCAAGCAUAGUUUGGAACGUCUUCAGCUUGAUUACAUCAAUGUACUGUAA